AAUGUCUUCAAAGUGGAAACCUGCUACAUCUGACUUGAGCGAUAGAUUAUUAGGAAUUCAGUUAUCCGAUAUUGGGGAUAGUACAAAAGUAAUAAGUUCUAAGCUCAAAUCAUCCACUCGGGCUGUUGAACCUAUUAUUCAGCCUAUUUAUCAUUCAGCGAUCUAUAAAAUAUCAUCUGUAGACGACUACCUAAAAAUCCUUGAAGAAGAUGGUUUUAUAUAUGGUAGACUUUGCAAUCCAUCAUGCCAAGCUGUUGAAGUCUCCUUAGCAUCUUUGGAGGAUGCUUACGGCUCUUUAACUUUUUCAAGCGGUAUGGGAGCCAUUUCUACUAUUUUUCUCGAAUGUCUAAAGGCAAAUGAUCAUAUUGUAUGCCAAUAUCCACUUUAUAGUGGUACUUUUGAAGUAUUAAAAAAGCUGAUGGCCCAGUUCAAUGUAUCAGUAUCGUGGCUAAACUCUGAUUCUGAUAUGCAAGAUUGGGAAGCUGCAAUUAAACCAAAUACAGUAAUGCUCUAUGGAGAAACGCCGUGCAAUCCGAUUAUGUCAAUCUUGGAUUUAAUAGAAUUUGCCGCCUUGGGCAAAAAAAGAGGAAUCUUGACAGUUGUCGAUGCAACCUUUGGUUCGCCUGUGCUAUUCAAACCUCUUAACUAUGGUAUUGAUAUUGUUCUUCACAGUGCUACGAAGUAUAUUGGAGGUCACUCUGACGUAAUUGCUGGAGUUCUUUCAACUAGGAAUGAAAAGCUAUGGUCACGACUACUAAUAGCCAGAAGUUUAUAUGGAACUAUACUGUCUCCUCAUGAAGCUAGCUUGCUACUUCGAGGUCUCAAAACUCUACCACUUAGAAUGAAGAAACACACGGAAAAUGCAAGAGAAAUAGCUGAAUAUUUGGAUAGUAGAAAGGAUAAAGUAUCGAAUGUUUUGUAUCCAGGUCUAAGAUCUCACGCUGGUCAUAAAAUUAUUCAACAGCAAAUGCCUAACGGAUGCGGAGGCAUGAUGUCCUUUGAGAUGAAAGACGGCUUAGAUGCGGCUGUUCGAUUCAUAGAAUCUGUUCGAGUUAUACACUUGGGCGUUUCCUUAGGUGGUGUUGAAAGUUUAAUGUGCCAUCCGGCGACAAUGACACAUGGACCAAUGCUUAUGAACGACGAGGAAAGAGAAAGAGCUUUCGUUACACCAGGAUUAAUUAGAUUUAGUGUUGGUCUUGAAGAAGUUAAAGAUUUAAUUAGCGAUCUUAAACAAGCGUUAAAUAAAAUAUCGUGUAACAUUCCACCAAUAGAAGUUGUUGAUAAAGGAAUAUAUCCGAUUAAUAUAAAUAAUAUAGGAAUAAUAUUCUAUGUUAGAGUUAGGAAUAUUGGAUCACCAAAAUUACCUAAAAUAUUAGGAACUACUCAACAUUGUUGUGUUGAUAGAUGGAGCCUAAACGGCGUAAAAGAGAAAUCGUAUAGAGAUUGCGGGCUUUUGGAAGUAUUAGCCGGUGAAGUAAGAGAUUUAGAGUUUGAAGAUGAAAGGGAUAUAAAAAUGCUUGCCACUACUUUAUACCCCUACGACUGGAAGGGCGAUUGCAAUGUAUCUAUAACUUAUGGUAGUCCGAUUGCCGUAUCCGUCUUGAUCCGAUUUGACACGAGAAUAUCCGAUUUGGCUUUCUUACCUAAUUUCCUCUCGAUUAUCUUUGAAUAUUUUAGUAGAUGUCCUGCGACCGAUUUGGAUAGAUUUGCCAAUUGCAAACCGGCUUUAUGUAGACAUAAAUAUUGCGGUAUGAUCAAUUACUUCAAUGUAACGACGGGAUUAUGCAAUUUGGCGGACCGAUGUAAACUUGUAUCAAGACCGAAUUAUAUGCUUUUGCUUGAAUCGAAUAAAUGUAUCAGUCUGAAAGAAAACGUUACCAAAGACGAGGCGAGAGACGCUUUACAAUUAAGGGAUCUGGACGAAUUAGAUAUUGUUAAUUCCCCUAUUACAUUCACAUUUCAUUGCAAACAUGGAAAGGCAUUUGAAAAUGGUACUGGAUGUUUGUGCGAUCCAGGAUGGUCGUCCUUAUCACCUGAAUGGCGUAGUUAUACUGAAGGAGGAGACGCCAUAUGGUCGUUUUGUGAUACUCUUGAGAGUAAGGCCCAAUUUUCCAGUAAUACCGUAAGAAUAUUAAUCUCAUUAACUGGGUUCAUGACUAUUUUUAUAUUACUAUCUUUUAUGCUGCUCUGGAGCGGUUUACUAUGUAUGGAUCCGAGAAGACGGCACCAAUUAGCCUUGUGGGGUUUCGGGUCGCCAGCUAAGCACUUGGAAGCUAUAGAUUUAGUUUGUAUGGCCGUGGUUCAUACCGACCGACCUUGCUUGGGUGAAGGGGAACUGGAAUUAAGGAUAGGUGACGUCAUACUAGAUUUGGAAAGAUUACCAAAAAGGGGUUUAUGGAAGGGCACAUGCAAAGGGCAAAAAGGUUUCUUUCCCGUCUCUUGCUGCACUUUCCAUUCGAAUCAUCAUCACUCUCUCUACCAGAAAGGAAUUAUUAAGAAAUAGACGUUAAAUUGAAAUACUAUAUUGGCUUAUAACGGAAAAACAGCCAAUAAUGAACAAAUACAAGAGGAAGUGAAGAUAUUAAAUAAAGAGGAAGAAUUUUUUUUCUUAAUCAUAAAUAUAGAAAUGCAAAUAAAUUCUUUUCAAAAGAAUUAUAAUUAAUAUUAAGAAUACAGCC